UCCGAUUUACAUAUAGAAUUAUUUUUUAAAAAAAAAAAAAACUUACCUCUUUCGAUAUAUCUCGAGAGAACUAAUUUCACUGUUUCGAUUUGUGGUAAGUCUGUUUUUCUUAUCCUUUUUCAGGGAAAAUGGCUUCUAGGUUAUCGGGUAGGGGCAACUUGGGUGGUUCCAAAGGGUUCGAUUUUGGGUCCGAUGAUAUUCUUUGCUCUUACGAGGACUACGGGAACCAGGAAUUGUCUAAUGGUAACCACGCCGAAACUGCAAUCGGUACCACCACCAGCAGCUCCAGCAAGGAUUUUCACAAGGAUGGAGUGGCGCGAUCGAUGUUCCCACCUAUCGCAUACAAUCAACCAGACGAUGCAUACUUGGACUUGACUGCUACUGUUGAGAAAACCAUGAAAAAAUAUACGGACAACCUCUUGUGCUUUCUUGAGGGAAUAAGUUCACGAUUGUCACAGUUGGAGUUAUAUUGCUACAAUCUUGAUAAAUCAAUUGGAGAAAUGCGAUCUGAUUUAGUUCGUGAUAAUGAAGAUGCUGAUUCAAAGCUCAAAUCUAUUGAGAAACAUAUCCAAGAGGUCCACAGGUCUGUGCAGAUACUAAGAGAUCAGCAGGAGCUAGCUGAGACUCAAAAGGAGUUGGCUAAAUUACAACUUGUUCACAAGGAUUCUACUUCUUCCAGCCAUUCACAAUCCACCGAGGAGAGAGCAUCACCACUUGCCUCUGAUUCUAAAAAGACUGACCACACAUCUGAGAUGCCAAACCAGCAAUUAGCUCUUGCCCUUCCACAUCAAGUUGCACCACCACAACAGCAUUUGGUGCAGCACUCUCAAGCCCCGCCUCAGAAUUUGACCCAACAAUCCUAUUAUCUACCUUCAAACCAAUUAUCCAAAGCCCCAGCUCCGGCUCCCACUCUUGCUUUGGUCCCAGCCCCAGUUCCUGCCCAUGCCGCUGCCCAACCUUCGCUUUCAGCCCCUGCAUCAACCCAACACACUCAGAGUCAAUAUUUGCCUCCUGAUCAACAAUACCAAACUUCUCACAUACAAACCCAUCAGCUACCACCUGUCCCGUCAUUCACUCAGUAUCUGCAGCAGUGGCCACAACAAUUACCACCCCAGCAAGUACAGCAGCAGCAGCCCUCUAUGCAACCACCGAUGAGGCCUCCAUCAACACCAGCUUACCCUCCCUACCCUCCUACACAAUCAUUGAACCCAACUCCUCCCGAGGAAUUACCACACAGCACCCCUAUGCAGGUUCCAUAUUCUGGAGUUCCUCAACCUGUGCCUAGUCGUGUGGAUACUAUUCCUUACGGGUACGGGGUGCCUGGCAGAACACCUCCCCAGCAAAUCAAGGGUACUUUUGAAGCACAACCAGGAGAUGGGUAUCAGGCAUCCGGCUCCCAUCCCCCUCUUCCUCCAGGAACUGCAUACAUGAUGUAUGGUAGUGAAGGGAGUAGAGCACAUCACCCUCCCCAACAGCCUCACUUCUCACAGGGGGGAUAUCCCCCUGCAAGUGUCCCUCUCCAGACUCCUCAACCUAGCAUUAGUAACACUGGCCAUCCACAGUAUGUUCGCAAUCAUCCUUACAACGAUCUGAUUGAAAAAUUAGCUAGCAUGGGUUUCAGGGGUGACCAUGUUGCCAGUGUGAUUCAGAGGAUGGAGGAGAGCGGGCAGGCGGUGGAUUUUAACAAGGUGCUUGAUCGGAUGAAUGUGCAUUCCUCUGGUGGUGGUUCUCAGAGAGGAGGAUGGUGAAUGGUUGAAUCGACCUUGAACAUUAUUUGGAAUAAAGGGUCGUUUUCUUAAUGUAUAUGUUGGGAGGGAUAUGAGUAUUUGUAUGUUACCUCCUAGAAACUGUAGCUGAUCACAAUAGUACCCUAUUAUCCCAGUG